GUUAGUUUUGGUCACAAUUAAUUUUAAUAUCGACGGUUUGAUAAAGUAGCAAAUUUCUAUUGGUUGACGUUGCUGUCACGUCGUCUCAAAAUGGUGAUUUGAAGUGAAAUUUUUGAUUUAUGUUCAUCCUUUUGCAACGAAUUGUUGAAACAUAUGAGCGCAACGCUCAAGAGGAUGCACCAAGAGAAAGUUUUCACAAAUCCCAUAAUUGUGUUUCACCUGUCAUCGUCACUUUUCCACUAGUGUGUCCCUCAUCACCAGCAUGGCCUUGAAGACUGAAAAUAAAAAAUUCGAAUUCGUCGCGAAAAAUCUCCUCGCUGGGGGGAUCGCCGGCAUGGUGUCGAAAACCACGGUCGCCCCCUUGGACCGCAUCAAAAUCCUGCUCCAGGCGCAUAACAAGCACCAUGAAUGUCACGGGGUUUUUUCGGGGCUGCGCCACAUUAUCAAGACUGAAUCACCGUGGGCGAUGUAUAAGGGAAAUGGGGCACAAAUGCUGAGGAUUUUUCCGUAUGCUGCGACGCAAUUUACGUCGUUUGAAAUUUACAAGAGAUAUUUGGAUGGGGUUUUUGGGAGUACGUCCCAUAUUGAUAAGUUUAUAGCGGGAGCAGGGGCAGGAUUAACGGCCGUCACCUUGACCUAUCCGUUGGACACGAUCCGAGCGCGAUUGGCUUUCCAGAUUAGUGGCGAGCACGUAUACACCGGCAUCGCCCACGCCGCCACCACCAUCUUCAAAGAAGAAGGUGGUACUCGUGCCCUGUACCGUGGCUUCGUCCCCACCCUCAUGGGCAUGGUCCCCUACGCAGGUCUCUCCUUCUACUGCUUCGAAUACCUGAAGUACGGUUGCAUGAAAUACCUGCCAAAGCUCACGUGCAACCCAUGCGAGAAAAACACCGGAGGUUUGGUCUUGGCCAUGCCAGCGAAACUGAUCUGUGGGGGGCUAGCAGGGGCGGUGGCCCAAAGUGUCAGUUACCCCCUGGAUGUGACCAGGAGGCGCAUGCAACUGGCCCUUAUGAACCCCCAUACGGAGAAAUUCGCAAAGGGGAUGCUCAACACUUUGCGAUUGAUUUACAACGAGAAUGGGGUUUUGAAGGGGUGGUACAGAGGGAUGUCGAUUAAUUAUUUGCGGGCUAUUCCGAUGGUGGCGGUCUCGUUCACGACGUACGAGACGUGUAAGCAGGUUUUGAAUCUGGAUACGGGGUUGCAAGUCAAGUAGCGACAAUCUAGUUUAAAUAUCUCUCUAUUUUACUAAACGAUUUUGAUAUUGUACGACACAUUCCGACAAUUGUUAUUAAUGAUUAUUUAUUAUUUUAGCGGUUAUGAUGCGAGAAAGUUUAGAUAAUACGUACUAAAAUAUUUAUUUAGAUUACAAUUUUAAAGCAGCUUUACUGAAUUAUUGUUGUUAUUGUUUGAAGUUACCACAGUACAAACUGAAAAUUAUUUAUUCCUGAAAAUAAAGACAUACAUGCAA